UUACUGAAAGCGCGUGGGGGAGGAAUCAACUUCAGGCUCGUGGACUGCCAUCAAACAAUUCCAAUGUCUGGGUAUGAAGAGCGCACUUUCAUCGCCAUCAAGCCGGAUGGGGUGCAGAGGGGACUCGUCGGAGAAAUCAUCAAGCGCUUCGAACAGAAAGGCUUCAAGUUAGUUGCUAUGAAGUUAAUCCAGGCAGAUGAGGAUCUUCUUAGACAACACUACAGUGACCUGAGGGAUCGGCCUUUUUUCCCAGGACUUGUCAGUUAUAUGUCUGCUGGUCCUGUGGUUGCAAUGGUGUGGGAAGGUUUUAAUGUUAUAAAAACUGGCAGAGUAAUGCUUGGCGAGACUAAUCCCAUUGACUCCAAGCCUGGGACUAUUCGAGGUGACUUUUGCGUUCAAGUUGGACGGAACAUUAUUCACGGCAGUGAUUCUGUGGAAAGUGCCAACACUGAGAUCAACCUGUGGUUCAAACCAGACGAGAUCUGCGAUUACACCAAAUGUCAGGAAAGCUGGAUCAACAGCUGAAUGCUUCCUUCUUUUCCGGCACAUUUCUCCCUUUCUAGUGUUUCUCCAUUAAUGUACACUCCCCCCCGCCACUGUUUCUGGUGUUUGUCUUUACAAUAAAACCAAAAAUCAUUUCUACCCCAUGAGUUGGAUGGGACAGUUUCUGGUUUUACAAAACAAAAGCCAUGACAGCAGUCACACAAUCAAAGAACUGAUCUUUUGAUGCUUUAUCAUUUAUUAAACAUAAUACUUCAAGUAGCAGUUCAAAUAGAUCAAUUUGAGGCCUGGUUUUACUUGUAUAGUACUGGUGGUUGUGCUCAGGCAAAGCAGCAGACCCUGUGUCUUUAAAAUGUUGACAAUGCCACAAAAAGCACUGCGGUAAGGAAUGAACUUGGGAAAUAAAGUACACAGUGCUCAUUUAAAUGAUUCUGUAGCCCCAGCCCUCCAUUAAAACGUCAUUAUGCCACAUAAUACAAAACCUGCUUAGAAAAAA